UGUGCUGAGGUGUUAAUUAAUUUUAUCCUGUGGGCUUUUUAUUACGCUUCCUCACGGACAGUUAAGAUACUAAAGCCAGUCCUUAGAACUUCACUAAUUCGCGAACUUCAGCAAAAAAAAAUAGGAAUCAACAGAGCGAACACAAGUCAAAAAGAAAAAAACCCAAGUCGCAUAUAGAAGCCAUAGUCGAAAACUAUAGUGACGCAGUAUUUCUAAGACAUUUUUGGRAAAAAUAUACUAGGGACGCUCACCUCGUAUUUAUUUCAACAAGAYCUUCAAAGGACAUAAAUGAAAUCAGGGUUUCAAAAAGAUGCUUCGUGGCUUAUUGAUGGCAUUGCUUCCGAUUGCAAUCAAACAGCUCUGUUGGACGCUUCUUUUUCUAAGUAGUCUUUCCCUAUCGACUUCAACAAGAAUUCCAAAUAAUGCUACAAACGUGCUUAAGGAUCUUUUGGACCCGCAAUUUUACGACAGGAGGCUUAGACCAAAUUUUGAAGGCAAACCCGUAGAUGUUGCAAUUACUGUAUUCAUUACAUCAAUAGGUGGACUGGACGAGAAGGAAAUGGAAUUCAAGACUACUUUCUUUCUACGACAAACAUGGAAAGACCAACGACUUUCAUUCAAAGACGAAUUUCCKACAAGCCAAAACAUGACUGUCGGYGGAGAUAUCAUGAAACAAAUAUGGAAACCAGAUACAUACAUAAACAAUGAGAAAUCAAGCAUAGCCCCAGAAUCUCAAUUCCUGUUGAAGAUUUCUAACAAUGGUGAAGUACUGUAUAGUCAAAGGAUGAGCGUUGAUGCAUCUUGUAUAAUGGACCUGACAAAUUAUCCAAUGGACAAGCAGACCUGCACUUUGUAUUUUGAAAGUUACAGUAUGACUACAAAGGACUUGAUCCUACACUGGGACAAGGUGCCGUACGUCGAUUCUAUAGCAAUAACAAGUGAUCUGUCAUUGUCACAGUUUGCACUUGAGAAAUACACAGCAGAACGAACUGUAGCUAACUAUACUAGCGGGAGCUUCUCAUUUCUAAAACUGAACUUCCUACUUCGACGCAAAAAGUUUUACUACGUAAUUCAAACCUACAUUCCCACAAUUCUUAUCACAAUUCUAAGCUGGGUAUCUUUCUGGAUUCCGAGAAGUUCGCCGCCUGCUCGGGUUGCUCUCGGAAUAACGACAGUCCUCGCACUCACGACGCUAAUCUUCGGAAUUCAAACGUCGAUGCCAAAAGUGAGUUAUGUWAAGGCCAUUGAUUGGUUCUUGAUGGUGUCAUUUACAUACGUCUUCGCGGCUCUCAUUGAGUAUCCGAGCUCAACGUUUAUCAAGUUUCAAGCCAAAAAACUUGGAAAAGGAGGYAAAACUAUAUUACGACGAGUGAAAGGAGAACCAAAUCAUGUUACAAGUCAGGAUUUACCGAUGUCAAACUACGCUACUACCAACCAAGGCAGAGAGCUCGUUGACUCUGAUGAGGAAGAUCCUAAAUGUGACGAUGACGACAAGGACGUAGAAAAUGGAAGAGACGAAAAAGGUUUUUCUAGAGUUGCGCCAUUCAGCGGAACACAAAAUAAUGUGAAUGGGGAACUGAGGCAAAGAAAYCCGCAAGAAGARAAGAGAAAGGGAAGUUUAAAUGAAAACUUCACCGAUGGCGAAUCAACCAACGUUGUCGAUAAAUACGCAAYGAUUUUCUUUCCUUUGACGUAUUUUUUGUACAAUGUGGGAUAUUGGUUUGUUUAUCUACUUGAAAUCAACUUAAUUUCAAGAGGACAACAAUAGGUCGACUUGACUGUGGAAAAAUGAACAGAUAAAAAUACACUMUGCACGCAAAAAAAUUUAUAAUGACGCAAAAACUACACUAGUCUGAACUAUAACUAGUUGAUUUUUAAAAUGAAAGGGACCUCAUUCGGUGAGACAUUUGCAAUUUAACACUAAAAUCAAAUUUAUGGACCAGUAUGAGUAUAAUUUUGAUCGAUAUUGCAUGUGCGCUUUUUUAUAAAGGUAUYCUGGUCGUAUUCGUAUAAAAGGUGAUGUGCAAUAUAGCAUAAUAUCAAAAGGAUAAAUUAGCCUUCGUCGUAUACUGGCAAAUUUUACUGAAACUAGUCAGUACCUAGUUGUACAAAGGGUGAAUAGGRAUUUAUCCAUCAUUCAAAGAUCCUUAUUUUCUCGAUAAGUAAGUUGUAUCCAGCCUUCGUCUGAGCUAGAUCAAGGUGGUCCUUUGCGCAUGAGCAGCAGAAACAUGCAUGCUACGAAAAUUCAACUUCAUUAUGUACGCGAAAGUUUGUGUCGGGUCACUUCCAAUAUUCCACACCAAGAGGUAUUUUUUACCGUCACCUUAUUCAACAAUUUUAAAUCAAACUUACUUUUACUGAUUUAACUUAAUAAAACACAAUCUCACUCACAAAAAUGGGUAUCAGGGUGUUUCAUAACCUUAAAGAAGUGUUUUUGAAUACGUUUCUGUCCGUCCUGUCUGWUUUUCGGUUUAAAUUUGUUUAUUUGUAAAUUUCUCGUUAAAAUUUCAGAUAAAAARACCUAUUAAUAAUAACAACUAUACAACCAUCAAAAUAUGGGCUCCCUGUACUACGCUAUAAUACUGAAGUCAUUCUAUAACAUUCUAUAUCGACGUCAAAAUGGGCUCUCUGUAUCGAGUAUCCACAGCAAAGGCAUAAAGACAAUAACAAAGUCAUUGACAUAAAAAAGCUUUAAAAAUCCCCAGGAAGAAUUGUGGUUACAAUUUUAGAUCCAAAAAGCGACUUAAAUGUUAUUGACAUUGCAAAGACGUUUUGAGAGCCACUUCGCGCAAAAAUCAGACAUAUCUUGACAAGACUCUAAAAAUCAAAUCUAUUCAUAUUUUGUAUAUUGAUAAGUAUGAUUAGGUAACAAUCGCUGUCAAUUGGUUUUGAAAAUAUUUCGUUUUUCGCCAGAAAAUCGCUAAACAAUGUCACAUACUGGACCUUUGCGUGAGAUGAUGUUUGAUGGCUAUAAAAAUAUAGCACUCAAAAAUAGCCAAACUUUCUACUGAGCUUGUGUGAAAUGUAAAAUAGUAGUUUUAAAACUUUUAAUUGUGGCUUUCUAKGUAACUCUUUCUUAUUUAUUUCAUUGA